GUCGAAGCUCUUGACCGCAUUCUGGCCAAGCUUCUGCGUUUCAAGCACAAGGUUCUGAUCUUCUCUCAGUUCACCAGCUUCCUGAACAUCCUGGAGGAUUACUUGCGUUGGAAAGAGCUGGCCUUCGUCCGCCUAGAUGGUCAGGUCUCCUUCCACGAGCGCCGGGAGCGCUUGAAGCGUUUCGAGCAUCCCGACGUGCCGAUCUUCCUUUUGUCCUCCAGAGCCGGCGGUUUGGGCCUGAACUUGCAGCAGGCCGACACCGUGAUUCUUUGCGAUUUGGACUGGAACCCGCAGAACGACAAGCAGGCCAUUGCGCGGGUGCAUCGCGUUGGCCAGACGCGGGAAGUGCGUGUG